AUGACCACUACAUCUGUCACCGUUAAACUUGCCACAGUCCUAGGGAUUGUCCUAGCUGUUAUCGUCAGCAGUGCGGUUUUUGCCUACAUUUGGAUUCGUAACCGGCUAUCACAGCAACGGACCAGAUGGCCCCAGCGACUUUUGGACAGUGGAGAUGAUUCUGAUGACAACAUGUACAUUCCUUGGGGACACAGCGAGCGACGACUGUCAUGUCGAUCGAAACUGUAUGGAUCCAUUCCAAUCAGGCUCGAUAUCUCGCAAGACCAAGUUCGUGAACCUCCUCGAACAGUGAAGAGACCUUCUAGCGAUGAGUCUUUGGGAGAGAGGGGUUGCACUAAUGAUGAUCUGGACUCUGAUCGUCUACGAGAUCAAACCGACCUUCUUCCCUUCACUGUCUUGCAUGAAAAGACAUGGCUUGGGGAAGUAACGUUUGAGGAGGGUACCGAUAUACCGGGUUAUACAUUACCUAAAGAAAUACAAGCGCCCAUUGAAUUCAUCAAGCAGAUCGCCGAGGUGGUUAAGUACCAUCAGUCGAUCGCGGUGGGAAAAAUUACAUCGCAAUCUUGUUGCAAUGGAAAGAAAACGGUGAUCCGGCAGGGCCAGAUACGCCGUGAUGAGUGGAGGACGACACAUGUACAAAGUAACAAGGGGAAUAGUUGUAAGAUCCGAGUGGCAGAGGGAACAAAACAAAGGACCUUGAGUAAAUAA